AUGUCGAACUUCAACCCCGAGCGCUUAUCCCUUGCUUGCGCUUCCUUACGCCUGGCCCGGGUUUGCGCAGAGGAUGCAUUUCAUUACGCCGUGCAGCGCAAAACCUUCGGAUCGCCUUUGAUCACCAGACAAGCCAUUCAGGCUAAGAUCUUCAAUUUCGGCUUGAUGAUAGAGCCCGCAUACGCUUUCAUGGAACAGCUUGUUCACAUCAUCGAAUUGACCAAGGACCGACCCAACGACGAUGUCAGAAUCGGAGGUAUGACUGCCUUGCUCAAGGUGAUGUCUACCAGAGCCCUCGAGAAGAGCGUUCGAGAGGCGCAACAGAUACUGGGCGGGGCUGGAUAUAAUAAAGCUGGAAAGGGAGCGCGAAUUGAGCAAAUUAGUCGCGAUGCGAGAGUCCAUGUUGUUGGCGGCGGAAGCGAGGAGAUCAUGAUGGGUCUUGCGCUGCAGGAAGAGACCAAGGCUCUUCAUACAAGAAGAAAGGCAUUGGAGAAGAAAUCCAGGUUGUGA